AUGGCGACAGAGGAUGACAAUUUCGAUAUUGACAUCUAUGGGGAUGGCGGAGGCUUCAGUGCAAACGAUCAGGGCGAUGCGAAACAGGAAGGUGAUGACCUCGACCUAGAUAUCCCGGAGCCUGAAGGGCAGGCAACGACAAACGAUACGAAUGAUACGUCCACGCUCGAGCCCUCUUCUACUUCAAAAGCUCAGACUGAACCUCUUCACUCCUCCAACUCUACACAUCACUCUCUCCCUUCACAAGCUUCCCACAUUCCACACUCUACGAACGGCGACCACACCAUGUCGCAAGAACAACUCUCUACUCAAGACGCCAUGAGCGCACCUCACGGUAUCAAGCGCAAGGACUACGAGGAUCGCCCCACCGACCCCGAUGCGACCACUGCACUGGUCAUCUCCGACCUCUACUGGUGGACCACCGACGACGACAUCCGCGGCUGGGUGAAUUCGGCUCACGCAGAGGAUGAGCUCAAGGAAGUGACUUUCAACGAGCACAAGGUGAAUGGCAAGAGCAAGGGUCAAGCCUUUGUAGAAUUCACCACCACUCAGGCCGCAACGGCCACUAAGCACUAUCUUGAGACCGCAUCCGGUCUGAAGCACACUGCGCAGUAUGCCAGUGCGCAAAUGAACCCCUUCAAGACGCACCCCAAGGACGCCUUGAUGCGCAAGGAUGGCUCCCGCGGCAAUGCCAGCUUCAACUCCGGCGGCAACCAGAACAUGAACUUCGGCGGCGGCGGCAAUAUGAACAUGGGCGGUUACCGCGGCCGCGGCGGCUACAACAACAACCGCGGACCUGGCAACAUGGGCGGUUUCAACAACCGCAACAACUUCAACAACAUGGGCGGUUUCCAGGGUGGCAACGCACCCGCCGCCGGUGGCAUGAUGGGCGGCUUCCAGGCCGGACCCAUGGGCAUGCAAAACUUCGGGUUCAACAACCGCGGCGGCAUGAUGAACAACAUGCGCGGCGGCCCCGGUGGCAUGCGUGGCGGCCGAGGGGGAAACAUGGCCGGAGCUGGCAUGAUGAUGCCCGGUAUGAACCCAAUGGGCGGCAUGGGCAUGAACCCCAUGGCCGGAGGAGGCAUGAACCCCAUGAUGGGCAACAUGGGUGGCAACAUGGGAAUGCAGGGCCCCAACCCGGCAUUCAACCAGAACUUCUUCGGCGGUGCCAACCAGGGGGGCGACGGCACCUGGAACCCUCACGGCGCCAAGCGCAGUCGCCAGGAGUAA